UAUGAAUACCACCUACAACCUAACUGAUCACCAUGUCCGAGUCCGCGAGGAAGAAACAACGCGUCAGCCCCAACGAUUCCAACCACGCGGACCACACUCUGCAUUCAGACCUCCGUCACCUCUCGAAUCUAAUCCCCAAACCCGUCACCCCCUUCCGACGUGCCAUAAGCGCCAGCGCCGCAACACCAGCAACCCAUCGAACCCCCAACAAUAUUCCUAUCCGCACGCCCGGCACCGCAGCACGCACACCCCGAGGCGCAACGUCACUACGAGCAGCAGGCCAGGGACGACGCGCAGCACCCACGACGCCGCAUGCGAUUCGGGCGCUGAGGGAGCGGGCGAAUGCCGCUAGGACGCCGGGGAGGCGGAGAAGUGGGAGGGUGCAGAGGGAGACGCCGAGGGAUAUUCUGAGGGCGUUGAGCAGGACUCUGGCGAAAGACACCGUGCCCGCUGACCCAUCGCCCGAAGUCCCCUCUCGCAGUUCCGCUCUCGAUCUCGCAGACGUGGACGAUGGGCCUGACCCCGUUAGACCCCGAUUAUCCAUGCCGCUGGACGACAUGUACGACGACGACAGCAUCCACGAACCCCCGCCCCGAGAAUCGCUCCUCCCUGACCUCCCGGACGACGUCGACACGGGGACCUUGCAGUCUUUGGAAUUCGGCAGGCGGGCGUAUAGUGAGGAUCCGAGGGCGCAGUUUACAGCGCGCCUGAGCGAGCGAUUUGGCGAUCUGAAUGAGUUGGGUUUGGAUGGCGAGGAGUUCGAGGUCGAUGGCAUGUUUAUUAAUCGGCGGAGGACGCUGGAUCCGGAUCGUCUACUGCAAGAGGCGAUUGAGGAGGCGUUGGAUGAGGAUGCGCAAGAUGUCAGUGGGUUGGGCGGAUUGGGAUUGGGGCAGGGCGAGGAGGUGGAUGAACCGACGUUUCGGUUUACGAUUCCGGCUCGGAUUCGGAGGGAGGAGAGGGAGGACCAACCACCACUCGACAACCACGAAGAUCUGGAAAACCAGAACGAGAACGAGGACGAAGGAAGUGAUGAAGCAGGCGCAGAUGCCCAACUUACUCUGCAUAAUGAAGAUCACGAAGACGAAGACAUUAUCGAACCCCUCAACAACAACACGGACUGGGAAUCCGACCAAGACGCCCAACCGGAAGACCCCUCCCUCGUCGCCUACCGCGAGGAACCCUCCGCCAUCGACCGCAGCCUGCUAGCACACUCGCCCUCCCCGCACCCCAACGCACCUCAAAACCGCCGCCAACGCAAAGCCCUUCACAUCUCGCGCUCCGGCCACGAAUACCCCUCCUUCCCCGCCGCCGUCGUCAAGCGCAUAGCCACGGGCAUGGUGGCCAAGUCGCAAGGCACGGGAAAAGGGAAGAUCAAUAAAGAGACAUUGGCCGUGCUGGUGCAGACGACGGAUUGGUUUUUCGAGCAGGUGAGCGAGGAUUUGGCGGCGUAUGCAGGGCAUGCGGGGAGGAAGGUGGUGGAGGAGCAGGAUGUGGUUUGUUUGAUGAAGAGACAACGUCAGAUCUCUGCAAACACGACGGCGUUCUCGCUAGCGCAGAAGAUGCUGCCUCGGGAGUUGCUACAGGAACUCCGCAUGCAGCCUGUGAGUGCCAAGGGGAGGAGGCAGAAGAGGAAGCGUAUGGAAGCUAUCCAGGAAGAGGAGGAUGAGGAUGGGUGAAGGAAGUGGUCAAGGGUUUACCUAUGACCAUUCAUGGCUGCGUCUGACGCGCGCCUGGAUGCCGGAUAUCGGCUUCUUCACGACCAUGUAGAACAUGACGGAUGUGGCUAAGCUUAGCGCGUACCUGGCGGAUUGUCAGAGCUUUGAACGGAGGUACGAGGAGGGUGCAGGACUUACCAGGUGAAGAUGUACUGCGUAUGAUUGUUCUUCAGGUUGACGGUGGGCGGUCUCCCAAUGGGAAUGCCUUUCGGCUCUCUCUCAUAGUUGACCAGCAAAUCAGGCGCUGUCAGAUAUUAGAUACCCAAUUCCUCAACAAGCUUCAGUAGUGAGAAACUCACUCAUCGUCUCCUCAACCCACACCUCC